AUGCGUCAGACGGACCGGCGUUUCGUGCGUAAUGUCUCCGUCAAACGUGUCGACUUCAAAGACUCUGACCACAACCUCGUGCUUACGACUGUCCGCCUCCCCCCCCGUGUCGCACCCAACCGACGAGUGCGGGGGAACAGCGGAAGCAGCCGGAUCCGUAUCGACCUCGAGCGGUUGAGGAAGGACAAACACCUACGGGUCGCCUUCCAAAACAGGGCCUCCAGCCGCCCUCCGCCCACGGCGCUCAGGCGGCCAACGGGAGAGACCGCCGCCGAGCUGACGGCUACGGUGAUGUCGGCCGCUGCUGAGACCCCGCCGCUGGCGAGGUGCGCACGAGGGCAGAGAGGCUGGUACACGAGCGAAGCGCAGCACGAGAUCUCUGACGCGUCGAAGGAGAUUAAGGCGGCCCAGCAGCAACUGCGCGGGGCCUCAAAGAACAGCGCCUACGAGGCGACCCUGAAGGCGAUGCUCAAGGCGGCGCGGAAGAAGCGCAGCAUCGCGAGGUGGAGAGCACUGGAAACGUUCUUCGAGGGCUAUGUACGGCAGCUCGAGAAGAAUAGCCGCGAGGGGGAUCAGGCGGGUUUCUACAGGCACC